AUGUCGCUGCCAUCGCCUGGUAAUGUUAGCAUGCAGAAAGCAGAGAUCCCCGCCUAUGUGCGAGGGAGUACAUAUUCCAGCCUGAUCCUUGUUUCCCCCCUGACAGCUCUCGUGCUUUACAUUUUCAAACGAAAUUUGGAUACAAAGCGUACUGAGAGCCUCUUCCAGCAGAGCCAUCGCUGUGGCAGUCCGCGUCCACUCCGGUAUAAAUGGCCUCUCGCACUAGACAUCGUCGCAGAAGCUUUCCGCAUGUUUGAAGACAAGCAAAUCUUGCAAUGGUUUGUUCGAGUCUUUACGGAAACGGGGCCGACUUUUGAGAAGACGAUUCUGGGCUCCAAGAGCAUCGACACCAUUGAGCCGGAGAACAUUGAGUCUAUCUUGUCCACCAACUUUUCAGCAUACGGCCUUGGUGACCGCCGGGGAGUCUUUGCACCUCUUCUGGGAGACGGAAUAUUCACCCAAGAGUCUGCGCAAUGGAAGCAUUCUCGCGACAUGUUGCGGCCCUUGUUCUCGCUAAAUCGUACCAACAUCUUUACCCAGGUAGAAGAGCACACGGAACACUUGGUGAGCUGCAUACCAGCGGACAGAUUUGUCGACCUACAAGCUCUCUUUUUCCAAUUCACAUUCGACACAACCACAUUCCUGCUUUUCGGCAAGUCAAUGAACUCGUUACAGGCCAAGUCAACACAAGAUGCGACAGGUGCUCGAGAAGCCGAGUUUGCGGAGGCGUUUCGAAGAUCUCAAGAUUACCUUUUCCGUCGUGGACGUCGAGGGCCUCUGUAUUGGACGGUCGACAGCAAAGAGUUUCGAAGACACUGUGCGAUUGUGCACAAGUUUAUUGACGAAGCGGUACACGAGGCCCUCGCAGUCACACAUGAGAAGAAGGGCAAACCUGCAGAGGUGCAUAGCUUCUUGGACGCUCUCAUCAAGGAGACGCGCGAUCCCAGAGUCUUGCGAGAUCAGCUUUUGAAUGUUAUGCUUGCCGGCAGGGACACAACGGCAUGCUGUUUGACAUGGACCUUCCGGCUCCUCGCUCAACACCCAGAUGUUCUUGCAAAGCUGCGACAGGAGAUCGCUUCUACCGUGGGUGUAGGUAAAGACUCUACUUUACCUAACAGGAACACCCUAAAGAGGAUGAAGUACCUCAACCUAGUCUUGAAAGAAGUGCUUCGACUUUACCCUUCUGUGCCAAUCAACUCCCGAACUGCGUUACGGACGACAACAAUCCCCAGAGGCGGCGGAUCCGAUGGCCUUGCGCCUUUGAUGGUCAGAAAGGGGGAAGCCGUCGGGUUUUCCAUUCAUGCGAUGCAUCGGCUGAAGAGACUCUACGGCGACGACGCCGAUUCCUUCCGUCCGGAGCGCUGGGACCCAGACAACGUGGAGGAGAAUGCCGUGGAUCUCAGGAACAUUGGCUGGGGCUACCUACCCUUCAGCGGGGGUCCUAGACUCUGCUUGGGAAAGGAAUUUGCUUUGCUUGAAGCCGGCUACGUCACUGUGCGGAUAGUGCAGAAGUUCCGAACCCUGGAGCUGGAUCCAAGAGAUUCAGGAAUCGCCAUGGGUACCGAAAAACAAGAGGUCACCCUUGUCCUUGCUAGCCAAGAUGGCUGUCGGGUUAAAGCGACUGAAUAA